CAAAACAGGGCUUGACUAAACUUGGAAAUUUUAAUUUUAAUCCGGUGUGGACAAAUUGAUAUAUUUUCGUCUUUAAUUGCAGAGAUUUUUCAGAGAAAAAAUGGGUCUUGAGGAUUCUGACGAAAUUACUGAGUUGACAGGAUGUAAGCUGCCCACCGCGUAUUUGAACAGGUUCAAAGGUGCGCAGCAACACGGGGGAAGUAGAGACUUAUGUAUGCGAGCAGAGACAUUGAAGGAGGCGUCUCCAAAGCGUAGGAUAAUUUCAAACUAA